UUAGAUAUACCGGUAUAUGGAGACGGGGGGAACGAUCUCCUAAAGUUGUCUGUCUCACCAGACUACCGAUAGGUUCGGGUUUUUAAGGGAAAAGGGGCCAUAAGUUUUAGGGACUUGUGGAAUGUGUGCUCUCUUUCUUCUGUUUGGUUUUGGUGGUCCUAUCUCAAACAUGUUGAUCUUUUCCUGCCAUUAUCCCAUCAGCUCAGGGGGUAGCUGGCACCAUCCUUCGUCUUAUUUGACAGGCUUAGAUCAAUAUCACUUGUUUUCCACAGUCUUAGAGGAAACAUUGGUUAAUACUUAACCAUUUGGGGAGCUAACAACAGGAUCUUACUUGGAGGCAGGGAUGGGCUAGGGGAGGGAAAGGAGAGAAAGAAGAAAGAAGAAGGAAAAAAAAAUUGGCUCAGGUACUGUUCAAGAUAUGGCUGAGCAGCCUGUUUCAAAGUGUCACCAAUGCAUCAGUACAGGACCUUGGCUUAGAAUCCAGGUUUCCCAACUGCCAUCUCGGUGACAUCCCAUCGCUGCCCAAAUGGGUGGCAGGAGGGCAUCAGCGUGAAGCCUCCAUGGUCACAGGGUAAAGCAAACCUCAGGUUGGCCAGACCCGUGGAUUAGAACUGUGAUUUUUUUCAAUAAACAUUUUAAUUGAUGCAUCAUGUACAUAGAGGAAGGUACACUCAUUCUAAAUGUACACUUAGAUGAAUUAUUACAAAGUGAACGUAUCUGUGUAACCAACAACAGGUUUAAAAAAAGGAAAAGAAAGAGAAUUUUUCCAGGACCACAGAAGAGCCCUUGUUUCCACCUGCUCACCACCUCCAUCCACUCCCCAAACGUAUCCACUAUCAUGCCAUUGUUUACUUUUGCCUGUUUGUGAACUUUGUAUAAUGGGAAUUGUACAUUAUGUAUGUUUUUUCCUAAUCUAGCUUUUUUCAGUUACUAUGCAUUUGUGAGAUUCAUUCACAUUGUUGCAAACAGCAGUAGUUAUGUAAGCUCCACUCAGAAGGGAACUACAGUGAAUCUACUUGAUUGGUGACUUUAAGUCACGAGUUGCAUUCACAGGCAGUGUUUUAAAAGCUUUCAAUUUCAAGCUCAUAGUUGCCUGAGUAAGAAGAGAAGGCUUCGAUGGAUCUAGCCGUGGUCCUCGUGCUCUGUCUCUCCAGUUUGCUUCUCUUUUCACUCUGGAAACAGAGCUACGGGAAAGGGAAGCUCCCGCCUGGCCCCACUCCUCUCCCAAUUAUUGGAAAUAGCCUGCAGUUAAAUUUUAAGAAUAUCAGCAAAUCUUUACACGAUCUCUCAAAAACCUAUGGCCCUGUGUUCACCCUGUAUUUGGGCAUGAAGCCCACAGUGGUGUUGCAUGGGUAUGAAGCAGUGAAGGAAGCCCUGAUUGAUCAGGGAGAGGAGUUUUCUGGAAGAGGCAGUUUCCCAGUGUCUGAAAAAGUUCAUAAAGGACUUGGAGUCGUUUUCAGCAAUGGAAAGAUGUGGAAGGAGACCAGGCGCUUCUCCCUCAUGACCCUGCGGAAUUUUGGGAUGGGGAAGAGGAGCAUUGAGGACCGUGUUCAGGAGGAAGCCUGCUGCCUAGUGGAGGAGUUGAGAAAAACCAAGGCCUCACCCUAUGAUCCUACUUUCAUCCUGGGCUGUGCUCCCUGCAAUGUGAUCUGCUCCAUUAUUUUCCAGAAUCGUUUUGAUUAUACAGAUCAGGAUUUUCUGAACUUGAUAGGAAAAUUGAAUGAAAACAUACAGAUUCUGAGCUCCCCAUGGGUCCAGGUCUGCAAUAGUUUUCCCUUAUUCAUUGAUUAUUUGCCAGGGAGUCAUAACAAACUCUUUAAUAAUAUUGCUUAUUCAAAAAGUUACAUUUUGGAGAAAAUGAAAGAACACCAGGAAACCUUGGACAUUAACAAUCCUCGGGACUUCAUUGAUUGUUUCCUGAUCAAAAUGGAACAGGAAAAGGACAAUCAAGAGUCUGUAUUUACUAUUGAAAACUUGAUAAUCACUAUAAGUGAUGUGUUUUCUGCUGGGACAGAGACAACAAGUACCACACUGAGGUAUGGACUCCUGCUUCUGCUAAAGCACCCAGAGGUCACAGCUAAAGUCCGGGAAGAGAUUGACCGUGUGGUUGGCCGACACCGGAGCCCCUGCAUGCAGGACAGGAGCAGCAUGCCCUACACGGAUGCUGUGGUGCACGAGAUCCAGAGAUACAUUGACCUUAUCCCCACCAACCUGCCCCAUGCGGCGACCCAAGACAUUAAAUUCAGGAACUACCUCAUCCCCAAGGGUAUGACCAUAUUAACAUCACUGACUUCUGUGCUUCACGAUAACAAAGAAUUCCCCAACCCAGAGACAUUUGACCCUGCUCACUUUCUGGAUGAGAGUGGCAACUUUAAGAAGAGCGACUACUUCAUGGCUUUUUCAGCAGGAAAACGUAUUUGUCUGGGAGAGGGCCUGGCCCGCAUGGAGCUGUUUUUAUUCUUCACUGCCAUUUUACAGAACUUUACCUUGAAGCCUCUGGUUGACCCAAAGGACAUCGAUACCAACCCAGUUGAAAAAGGGUUUGCCUCUGUGCCACCCAAGUACCAGCUCUGCUUUAUUCCUGUGUGAAGGACAGAUAGAUCGUCUGACUGCAUCUGUGCUGUUAUCUGCAAAUCCCCUCUAUUGGGCAUCAUUCACUCCCUUCCCAGUACUAGGAAUGCCUUUCUCUGAACUCUACUCUUCACAUUUCCCUAUUCCUUCAAGAUCCAGUGAAAAUCCAACAUCCAUUCAGGAGUUUUCUGAGUUACUUUGCAUAAAUUUACAUGCUAUUCUCCACACUCUGUAAUAGUUGUAUUGGCUACCAUAUGCUUUAAUAUUUAUCUGAAUUAUUAAUUAUAUUAUCACUUUGAAACAGAGCAAAAAUUAUUAGUGUGUAACAAUUCAAAUCCAUUUUUCCUCUGUGUUUUCUAAAGAAAAAAAAUUUAUUAUUUGCUGGGACAUUUUUUAGACUUUUCUUCUUUUGGACACAAUACAAGUAAAAAAUUUAAAAAAAAAAUGGAGUCCUCAGUGGCCAUGCUGGUCCUCAUAGUGAUAAACACAGAGAAGGAACAAGGGAGGCAAGGGCAGAAAAGCUCUCUUGACUGAGUGUCAUCUAGAAAUAGUUGAGAUUUGGAUUUGAAAGCAAAAGAAAGUAUGUCAAAGAGCACCUCCAACCUAUAAGGGAACAUCGCAUCGAAAGGAUCAGCAAUGGGGAGGAAUGAACAUUUAGUAUUAGAAUUCAUGCCUCCACUUUGUUGUCACCAGAACCACCAACCCAGUGCCGUCGAGUCAAUUCUGACUCACUAAAUAAAGAUUUGAAAUCUUUCUAUUC